GCUACCGUUUGGACCUGGCAGCUUCCGUAGUCGUAGUCAGGUACUCGUUACAUAGCCGCAUGGCCUGAGCGGAUCGCGUCUGGCAUAUGUAAGGAUGGCUGAUCCUGACGCGCCCGCCCAAAAGAGGCCCCGUUUGGACUCUGUCAAUCCUCCUGCAUACAAUCAUAACGGCCACGGCUUCCCACCCCCUCCUCCACCGCCGCACCCCCAACCCACUCGCCAUCUGUCCCAUCCCACUCCGGCCCACGCUGCUCCCUCUCCCACCUCCCGCCACUAUCCUGCUCACGGCCUGCCCCAUCCGUCUCAUUCCUAUCCCACCCCAGGCCAAGGACACGCCCCCGGACCGCAACCCUCACCGUCACUGCCACCCACUGAUAUACGCGCCUAUUCGGACCCACGGACCAUCCCUUCACCUAGUCAGCGCCUUCAUGGCGCCGGCGGUCCUCCUCCGGUAAACAUCUCGCAGGACAACAUCUCCACCUACCGUGCGCCCCCCACACCACAGUCUGCUCCUGUUCCAGACCCGCAGAGCACCAGAUCCAGCAUCAGUGUUGACGUCAAACCUCAACCGCCACCUAUGGAUCAUGGCGGCCACCAAAGUCCAUGGGGGAUGAAUCCCGAGCAUCGCCCUAACGGCAGCAUGUCCAACGGCUACAGCCAUUCUAUAAGCCCUACUCACCACGGCAACGGACAGCCUUUUCACCCGCCGCCUCCGCCGUCUGCUUCUCAGUAUGACCAGAGCUCAUACCCGCCAGGCCCCUACAUGGGCCAGUAUGCGAGUUCAGCCGGACAGCCAAUACGUCGCAAGCAGGUUCGCGCCACGCAGGCUUGUAAUCACUGUCGAACGCGAAAGCAGAAGUGUGACGAGGCCCGACCAUGUCAGUUCUGCAAAGAGAACAAUUUCGAUUGUCAGUACAAGGAUGUACCACCUCCGAAACAAGAUCGGAGCAUGAUGCAGCUACAGGACAGCGUGAACGACAUCGGUGAAGUACUGAAGAAUCUCGUGGGAGAGUUCACUUCGUGGAGACAAAGCGUUGAAACCAGACUCCCUCUAGCUCAAACACCCAACCAACUUUCGAACAUAGCCUCGCCAGAAGCAGGAUUCGCCGUACCUGGUAGGGACCAGAACAUGUCCAGAUUCCCAACACCAGCCCAGGGAAGGAACCAGAUGCGCCGUAUUAGCAACAUGAAGACAGAGUCGCCCAACAUCCCGCACUCGCAGAUGUCCCCAACGGCUGGGCAGGCCAUGACUCCGAUCAAACAGGAGUCCAUGUUCGCUCCGCCUCAGCAGCCAGCAACACCAGCUGACAGCGUUCGAAGCGAGCAUAGUGGCGGGACAGGGCUGCCUCCCAAGGAGAAGAGCGGGUUGCAGAGUGACCACACUACACCAGCACACAAGCUCUUCGAAGAAUGGCAGUCGAUGACACACUUCUGCCGGAACGUGGACUACAUUGAGAAAUUGAUCGAGGGCGGUCACGACGUCUCAGAAUAUCCAAUGCUGCUCGAACAAGAUCGAGGCCUGCUCCGCGUUUGGGGAGUUGGUGAGGGUCAAGACCUCAACGAUGGAGCCCAGGGCCCAGGAAGCCCUGACAGUGGUGGCGACGCCGAUGCUUCCUCUCCGGCCCCUGGAAAGGAAGGCCUCUGGGGCUACCCGCCUGCCGAUACCUCUAGCCCAGGAACUGCUCCCGGCGAAAUCCCCAGUAGUCAUCCUAGGCAAGAAAACGACGGUGGCCUCGGACCAGACGGCAGACCUGACUUCCGUCAGCACGUCUUAUGGGAGCUGUACGACUCUUACAUCGAGAACAUCCACAAGUUACACCCUUUCAUGAACGCCAGUAAACUCAGGAGGAUGAUCAAAGAGUUCAGCGAGCAGUACAGCCCGGACAUUGGCACCAAAUAUGCCGGAUCGCCAGCCGCGAACGCAUUGGCGAACCAGCAACUCAGCCAGAGCCUGAAGCGCAAGCGAUCUGGUAGUGCCUACGGAGAACCCUGCUCAGCCAGGGGCGCAAUCGAACGAUCCCUCCGGAAUGCACUUGUUCUUCUUGUCCUUGCGCUGGGCAAGGUCUGUGCUCAUCACGAACCACUUCCUUCGCCUCAGAACGACAGAAUGUCGCACACAAAUGGCGGCUGGGGCGUUCACGCUAACGGCAGCUUCAAUAGCGAUAAUUCUGACGAUAAUCGACCACGCAAUGUUGACGUUCUUCCCGGCAUGGGUUACUUCGCCUACGCGACCGACAUUCUCGGGAACCAACAGGGCGGCAACACGGUUGCACACGCACAGGCCAUGAUCCUAGCCGCGUUGUAUCUAAGCCAGUUUGCUCGAGUCUUGGAGAGCUGGAGCUGGAUUAACAAUGCUUGUCGUGUUGUUCUCGUACUUAUCAAGGCAGAUUACCAGAAACUCGACCGUAACUGGUGCUUGGAGAACAAAGCGUCUUUGCCACCAAAGGAACGGUAUAGGCUCAAUCUGGUCAUGUGUGUCUACUGGACAUGCCUCCAGCUUGAGUCGGAUAUUCUAGCUGAGAUGAGCACACUCCCGCCCAGCCGGAUUUCGGACUUUCAGAGCGAAAUUGCGUAUCCAGAUGGUGUUUACGAAUCCGUUCCGAUAGAAUCUGGAACUAAUGUUGAGGAGAAGAUGUUCGCCGAUCCACAGACCCAGGAAGGCUCCAUGCUCAUGUACUCGAGUCAGAUUUGGCUCCGAGUCAUCCUAAACGAGGCGCACAAUAUGCUGUAUGGCAGGAACGCUCGACGCAGCUUCGAUACUCAUAACAUCAAAGAGGUCGCACAUCGUGCCAUUGCGCAUGUGCGUAUCCUGGAAGAUUGGAGACGAGUCCUGCCGCCUACGCUGGCUUGGAACGAUGAAGAUCCACCAGCUACUGACAUCAACGUGGCACGUUUACGUGCUAAGUACUACGGAUCCAUUUACGUGAUCUUGCGGCCAUAUCUGCGCAUCGCAAAUCACUUCAUCGACUUCCCUCCCACAGGCGCAAGCACAGCAAGGGCCUCUCACCACAACUCUCCUGUACCAGCCUCCGGUUCUUCAUCAAACAGAAAUGUACAUCUACUGGUGGAUCUAUCGGAUGACCAAAGAAGUAUCAUUGGGGUUGCAGUCAAAUGCAUCAACGCCGCUAUCCAGAGUACGAUUGCUUUCGACCGUGUUGGCGCCACCACAGGGAGCAAGUAUGUGAAGUUUGAUGCAAAUGCCCGAACUCGCCGACUGGUAGUCACCAACAUAUUCGGUACAAUGCAUGCUCAAUUUGGAAACAUGCUUGUCCUUUGCGCAGUCUUCAAAUCCCAGCUGUGCAGGUAUCUGCCAAGAGACACACAGCUUACGAAGCAAAAUCUGACCCUACUCAUGGACCGAACCUGUAAGGUUCUCAGCGAGAUUGCACCGAAUUCUCCAAUCCUGGAAAUGGAUCUCAAGAUCUUGCGCAACGUCCGGAAACAAUUGGAUCUGUACCCAUGAUCGCCACACCGUGCGACACGCCUCGAGCGGAACUUCAAUUUGUUUGGAUAUACCCCAUUUGGGCGGAGAGCAUUUUCGAUAGCCGCCACAGCGUAGCGUGCAUUUACUGUACACAUUUCAUCAUUUUGCAUUUACUUUGGCGUAAAGCAUCUGGCAUUUUUCUCAUGUUCAAGCAUCGGAAACACAUAUCGGGCGGACUAGCGCUGAAGCUUUUGCGUAUACCUCAUACCACUAUCAUCGUCACGAGCGGAUUACGGGUGGACUCU